UCUCUCUCUUCUCCAGACUCACACGAUGCGAUCUCUACUCUCUCUCCCCUCGUCCUCAACUUUUCCUCUCAAUUUCAAGCACCACAAUCUCGCACCCAAACUCUCACUCAAGCCCCACCUCCCUCCUCCUCUCCCCAAGCCCCCCUCCUUCAAGGUCCAGUCAACAACCUCCCCUUCCCCCUCAGUCUCCAUCUCAGAUCCACAGCAACCAGAGACCGAGCCGAAUAUCACCGACGGAAAAUUCGACUGGUUCUCGAAAUGGUACCCGCUGUCCCCGGUCGUCGACCUCGACAAGCGGGCCCCACACGCGAAGCGGGUGCUGGGCCUCGACGUCGUGAUUUGGUGGGACCGGGCCCUGGAGGCUCUGUCCGAGGGAAGGAUUGAUCAAAGGGGCCGUCUUCAAUGUGUAUAUCAUGGGUGGUGCUUUGAUGGGGAGGGGAGCUGCAAGUACAUUCCUCAGGCUCCGCCCGAGGGCCCGCCGGUUCACACAUUUCCUAAGGCGUGCGCAGCUGUUUACCCGAGCUACGAGCAGAAUAAGGUCUUGUGGUUUUGGCCGAAUACUACUCCGGAGUAUAAAGACAUUGCGGAGAAGGAGAAGCCUCCUUAUGUGCCCGAGUUGGAUGAUCCUUCAUAUGCGUGUGCUAUGGGGACGAGGGACCUUCAUUAUGGGUACGAUGUUCUAAUAGAAAACCUAAUGGAUCCUGCUCAUGUUCCGUAUGCACACCAUGGAAUAAUGAAAAUUCCGAAACGUCCUGGAGGACCUCCACCUGACAGAGAGGGAGGGAGGCCGCUAGAAAUAAACAUUAAGACAUUAGAUCAUAAUGGGUUCCUUUCCAAACAGCAAUAUGGAUACAGUAAGUUUGUAGCUCCUUGUCUCUAUUAUGCUUCCCCAAGUUUGGGUUCAAACAAUGGUUCUGUUUCAUCUGCAAGCACUGAAAAGAAUUCUCCAGCUGAAGUCCAAAAGAAACAGCGAAGAGUGCUUCUUAUUUUCUUCUGUAUUCCAGUUAGUCCAGGAGAAAGCAGAGUAAUUUGGGUGUUUCCAAGAAAUUUUGCAGUUUGGAUUGAUAAAGUUAUUCCACGGUGGAUUUUUCAUGUGCGGAAUAACUUGAUUCUAGAUUCGGACCUCUACCUUCUCCAUGUAGAGGAGCGCAAGAUUGCUGAGGUUGGUGCUUCCAAUUGGCAGAAAGCAUGUUUUGUGCCUACCAAAUCUGAUGCUCAGGUUAUUGCCUUCAGAAAAUGGUUCAGAAAAUAUUCUAAUGAUCAGGUUGAUUGGGGUGCUAAGUUUAAUGGGCUUCUCCCUCCUACUCCUGCAAGGGAACAACUAAUGGACAGAUAUUGGACCCAUGUUGUGAACUGCAGCAGCUGUCGUGCUGCUGUGAAGGGUUUGAAAGUGCUCGAGGUAUGUCUUCAGGUUAUCUCAAUAGGCUUAAUUGGAAUUAUAGCCGCUGCAAGGGAGAAGAUAGUUUCUACCGCAACAAGAACUGCAACUGUGUCGACAGCGUUGCUAUUUUACCUGGCUUCAAGGUGGCUAGCUCACUUCAUUUACAGAAACUUCUAUUAUCAUGACUACAACCAUGCUUUCAAGUGACAACCAGAGCCUCCUUGUUUCCUCUGUUCUCUACCUGUAUAAAUCGAAUACAGCAACACAUUUCUCUGUACUAUAUAUGUAUAUAUAUAUAUAUCUGUCUAUAAAGUUUCUGCUAGGACGAAAGAAA